CGCCGCCCGCACAAAAUGUCUGCCCGGACGCCAUUGCCGACCGUGAACGAGCGGGACACGGAGAAUCAUACAUCUGUUGAUGGAUACACUGAACCACACAUCCAGCCUACCAAAUCAAGUAGUCGACAAAACAUUACACGAUGUAGAAAUUCCAUUACGUCUGCUACAGAUGACAGCUCACAUGGAAAUUAUCGUUUGCUGAAAACAAUAGGGAAGGGAAAUUUUGCCAAAGUGAAAUUGGCAAGACAUGUUCUUACAGGUAGAGAGGUUGCAGUAAAAAUAAUAGAUAAAACUCAGCUGAAUCCCACCAGUCUGCAAAAGUUAUUUCGAGAAGUACGAAUAAUGAAGAUAUUGAAUCAUCCUAAUAUAGUAAAAUUAUUUGAAGUUAUUGAAACAGAGAAGACACUGUAUUUAGUAAUGGAAUAUGCCAGUGGGGGUGAAGUGUUUGAUUACUUAGUUGCCCAUGGAAGAAUGAAGGAGAAAGAGGCCCGUGCAAAAUUUAGACAGAUUGUGUCUGCAGUACAGUAUUGUCAUCAAAAGUGUAUUGUACAUCGUGAUCUCAAGGCAGAAAACCUUCUUCUUGAUGCUGACAUGAAUAUUAAAAUUGCUGACUUUGGUUUUAGUAAUGAAUUUACAAUUGGAAACAAAUUAGACACAUUUUGUGGAAGUCCUCCCUAUGCAGCUCCUGAACUUUUCCAAGGAAAGAAAUAUGAUGGCCCUGAAGUAGAUGUAUGGAGUCUUGGCGUCAUUUUGUAUACAUUAGUCAGUGGAUCACUGCCAUUUGAUGGUCAGAAUCUAAAGGAACUGCGGGAGCGAGUCUUACGAGGAAAGUAUCGUAUUCCAUUCUAUAUGUCUACAGACUGUGAAAAUCUUCUGAAAAAAUUAUUAGUACUGAAUCCAAUAAAAAGAGGCAGCUUGGAACAAAUAAUGAAAGAUCGGUGGAUGAAUGUUGGCCAUGAAGAAGAAGAACUAAAGCCAUAUACUGAGCCUGAACCAGAUUUCAAUGACACAAAGCGAAUAGACAUUAUGGUAACAAUGGGUUUUUCAAGGGAUGAAAUAAAUGUAUCCUUAAUAAAUCAGAAAUAUGAUGAAGUCAUGGCUACUUAUCUACUUCUGGGCAGAAAACCACCUGAAUUCGAAGGGAGUGAAUCUUUGUCCAGUGGUAACUUGUGUCAGCGAUCUCGACCCAGCAGUGACCUAAACAACAGUUCUAUGCAAUCUCCUGCUCAUUUGAAGGUCCAGAGGAGUAUAUCAGCAAAUCAGAAACAGAGGCGUUUCAGUGAUCAUGUUGGUCCAUCAAUUCCUGCUGCUGUGUCAUACACCAAAAGGGCUCAGGCAAACAGUGCGGAAAGUGAGCAAAAAGAGGAGUGGGACAAAGAUGUAUCUCAUAAACUUGGCAGCACUAUAGUUGGAUCCAAAGCAGAGAUGACAGCAAGUCCUCUUGUAGGACCCGAAAGAAAAAAAUCUUCUACUAUGCCAAGUAACAAUGUUUUUCCUGGAACUGGUAUGACAAGAAGAAAUACCUAUGUUUGUGAAAGGACUACAGAUCGCUAUUCUGCAAUACAGAAUGGGAAAGACAGCAGUCUGACAGAAAUGUCUGCAAGUAGUACAUCUUCUGCGGGCUCUACCAUCACUUCUGCUGCACCAUCUACACGACCUCGACACCAGAAGUCUAUGUCUGCCUCUGGCCAUCCUAUAAAAGUCACAUUGCCAACCAUCAAAGAUGGCACUGACUAUCGACCAGGCAGUACAACUCAGAGAGUUCCUGCUGCUUCCCCAUCUGCUCAUAGUAUUAGUGCUACUACACCAGACCGAACCCGUUUUCCUCGUGGGAGUUCAAGUCGAAGUACUUUUCAUGGUGAACAACUCCGAGAACGACGUAAUGCUACUUAUAACGGACCACCUGCUUCACCAUCACAUGAAACGGGUACAUUUUCACAUGCCAGAAGGGGGACAUCAACUGGUAUAAUAAGCAAAAUAACUUCCAAGUUUGUUCGCAGGGAUCCAAGUGAAGGCGAAGCCAGUGGCAGAACUGACACCUCAAGAAGUACUUCUGGGGAACCAAAAGAAAGAGAAAAAGAGGAUACUAAAGAUUCCAAGCCACGUUCUUUGCGGUUCACUUGGAGUAUGAAGACCACUAGUUCCAUGGACCCCAAUGAUAUGAUGAGAGAGAUCCGAAAAGUGUUGGAUGCAAAUAACUGUGAUUAUGAACAAAAAGAGAAGUUUUUGCUCUUCUGUGUACACGGAGAUGCCAGACAAGAUAGCCUUGUUCAGUGGGAGAUGGAAGUCUGCAAAUUGCCUCGCUUGUCACUUAAUGGGGUCCGCUUCAAAAGAAUAUCCGGGACUUCUAUUGCAUUUAAGAACAUUGCAUCCAAAAUUGCAAAUGAGCUUAAACUAUAAAGAAAACUAAAUUUACAGGAUCAGGGAAGAUGCAUACGUGAUCUACAAUUUGUGAAUGUACUGAUAAUGCCUAAUGUGAUUGGCCUGUGAAACUCCCCCUGUAGAAAUUGCCCUUAUUGCAAUAAGGUUAUACAUAGUUAUGAACUGUAAAAUUAAAGUCAGUAUGAAUUAUAUUAAAUAACUGUAGCUAAAAACGUUAUGUUCACAUGUACAGGUAAGUAAAUUGAGUAUUCUGUUCAUUUUAUGUUCAUAGAAUUGUAUAAUAAAAAUGAUAAUUGCUUAAAAAAGAUCUUGUAUAGUUGUCUAGAUUUCUGCACAGAAUAUAUAUGUUUGAUGCUUUGAGUUGAAAUUGUUAUUUACAUUUUGGUGAGUUUUUUAAAUUCUUACCUCCAUCAUGCAUUUUUGAAAAUUGUGUCCAGAAUUAAAGUGCACAAAAAUAGUCUUUACAAUUGUAGCAUGAACUUUUUUUUAAUAACUUAGAAAACAAAUAUACAUUUAAAUCAGCACUUGAUGAGUCUGCUUUUGUUGUACACAGAGUUGUACCUGCUUAUCUUUGCUCUUAUUCUUGUUAUUGAGCAAGGGUUAGAUUUAAAAAAUUUUUUAAAUGUUUACAGUGUUGGCACUUAGAGUUUAAAGAAAUAAAUAAAAAAACAGUUGUAGCUUUGCCUUGGGCUAAGAGGUGCUGGAGAAAGAAUUAAACCUAGGUUAGGUCGGGUUUCAUCUGAACUUUGAAGUGUUUUCUCCUGGCCCACAGAUAAAUGUAGCAGGAAAACUACAAAUGAUAAAUCUCCCCUUUAACUAUCAUGAUGUGUAAUAUGAGUUAGGUUCGCUGCCUUCAGAAUACUGCAAUUACCAAUUCGUCAAAAUGUAAUAAAUAUUGGUACUGUUUCAUAGCACAAACUCAUUUUUGAAGUGUUGACCAAUGCAUCAGUUAAGAAAUAAUGCCACCUCAGGAAUUAACUGGCGUUUGGAACGUUUGACACCUAUUCUCCUCCUUCUCUAUCCAUCAUCCACCAUUCCCAGCCACCAUGAUACAUGAAAUUACCUAAGAGACUUUUGAGCAUUGCUUAUAAUGGUAGAUCAUUGAUUUAUGCUUAUGUGGUUGUACAAUUUGUUCCCAUGUUUGUGUUUAAUAUUUUACCCAAUUCCUUGUAUUUAUUCCACAUCAUUUUGCCUGUAAUGUGCAACUUUGUAAUUGGGCAUUUACCUAUUUUUUUCCUUCAUUAAUAGUGAUAUAAACUAUGUAAAACCACUAGUACUGGUACAUUUUAAUAUUUGUCAUUUUGUACUGAAUUAACCUUGGAAGGUUGACUGUGCAAUGUUACUUAAUGUUGUAAUUAAUUACUACAAUAUCAAAAUAUGAGCCCCAUCUGCACAUGCUAGUGAAAUAGAAAGUUCAUUCAAAAUUAUAAAUUUAAAGAAUAAUAAAGCUGUGAUCAAUAAUUCUGUAAUCCUAUCCUGCAUUAGAAAGCUGUGAGUGUAGGUGAUUCCAUGAUGGUGUCCUAAGGUGGAUUCUCCAUGCUGUCCUGUACUGUGAUGUAGCUUUCUUCUGUAAAAGUUCUGUUCUAAAAUGGACAUGUAUUUUUGCCUUAGCAAAGGGUGGUGUUUGGAAAAAGAACUGUAGACCCUUUUAACCCAGUGUUCAACAAAAUCGAUGCAAGUCAUCUUUAUUCACUUUCACUGGUGCACUCUGAAAAUUUACUUGAACAGUUCUCAUAAUAAAGCACUUGUCUUUUGCUCUUUA